AUGAAAAUUUUCUCCUCUUCCAGUUACGGUGACAUGGUGCCCGGCACGAUCGCUGGCAAGAUUGUCGGAGGUGUCUGUUCCCUCUCCGGAGUGCUUGUCAUCGCCCUACCAGUGCCUGUCAUCGUCUCCAACUUCUCAAGGAUCUACCAUCAGAACCAACGAGCUGACAAAAGAAAAGCACAAAGGAAAGCUCGUCUUGCCCGCAUACGCAUCGCCAAAGCCUCCUCCGGUGCAGCCUUCGUGUCAAAGAAGAAAGCAGCUGAAGCCAGGCUAGCAGCUCAAGAGUCAGGCGUAGAGUUAGAUGACGCAGGACGGGAUGAGGACAUCUUCGAGUUGCAGCAUCACCAUCUUCUCAGAUGCUUGGAGCGCACAACGAAUAUAGAUAAACCGAAUACCAACCGCACAAAUCCUCAGGACCGUGAAUUCGUCGAAAUGGAGAACCCAUUCAACGGGGCUGCGAAGAGAGCUGGCUCUCCUUCUCCACUCGCGUCUCCCGCUCACUCCGGCCGCGCGCCAGCUUUGCUCGCGUGCUGUGCGCGAUGCGGAUGCUGUCCACAGAAGUAUCAGGUACAGGCGUACAGCUCUUGUAGUGUCAAAUAG